AACGUUCACGUCCUCCUGAAAUUUCUCCAGAGAGGCAAUCUUUCAGUGAAUAUCAGAGUGCCCUUGGCACUCCGCAGUUGAAGAUUACUCUUUCUCACCCAGCGAAAAGCUAAUGAAACUGCUACAGAAUAAUGCCUUGGCCAGCGGGAUGGGAAAAGAUGUAUGAAACCCGCCAUGCAAGGUGGCAGGUGCUAGGACCUCAUGGAAUUCAGUCAGCUAGACCCAUCCACGGGCUUGGUGAGACACGACUGGGUGUGGUGGAGUGAAAGCAGGCACAGAUAAGCCGGUUUUUCCACCUCUAAUCCUGCUCAAACUCCAUUUCGGCUGAUAGACUCUCCUCUGAGGCACUGGCCGUUUUCGGUUCCCUCGCCUCAGAAGAACAGGAUGUUUCUGGCAAAGGCGCUUUUGGAAGGCGCGGAGAGAGGGGGUCUCGGAGGAGCCCUGGGAGGCCUUCUAGGCGGAGGAGGACACGGGGGAGGGGGAAACCUCGGCGGGAUCGUCGGAGGCAUCGUGAACCUUAUCAGCGAGGCAGCCGCGGCUCAGUAUACUCCCGAACCUCCACCCCCGCAGCACAGCCACCUGGCAAACGCGGACGCCAACGAGAGCGAGGAGGUCCGGCAGUUCCGACGCCUCUUUGCCCAGCUGGCCGGAAAUGACAUGGAGGUGGGAGCCACCGACCUGAUGAACAUUCUGAACAAGGUGCUCUCCAAGCAUAAAGACCUGAAGACCGACGGCUUCAGCCUCGACACCUGCCGGAGCAUAGUGUCCGUCAUGGACAACGACACCACCGGCAAGCUGGGCUUCGAAGAAUUCAAGUAUCUGUGGAACAACAUCAAAAAGUGGCAGUGCGUUUACAAGCAAUAUGACAUUGAUCACGUGGGGACCCUGGGAAAGACCCAGCUACCCGGGGCGCUGCAGGCCGCUGGCUUCCAGCUGAACGAGCAGCUCUAUCAGAUGAUCGUCCGCAGGUAUUCCGACGAAGACGGGAGCAUGGACUUCAACAACUUCAUCAGUUGCCUCGUGCGCCUGGACGCCAUGUUCCGCGCCUUCAAGGCUCUGGACAGAAAUGCCACCGGACAGGUUCAGGUGAACAUUCAGGAGUGGCUGCAGCUGACCAUGUACUCCUGAGGAACGGGGGGCCGAGGAGAAAUCAGAAACCCCGCGGUUCCACCAGAGAGAAGGGGACCGCUUCGGCCUCCGGGCCGACGGAUGACCCCCGGGGAUGGCUGUGGUUUUCCGGGCGGACUCUUUCAGACCAGCGAAUUUCUGCAAGCUUGGUCGGGUCUUUACUGCUUCAUUAAAACGGGUUUUUGCGGCACAA